AAAAAAAUGUUAUGAUGUUUUUGGACAAAAAAAAAAAAAAAAAAAAAAAGAAUAAAUUAGUAACUUUAGCUCCAAGUUAUAUUUGACAAGGAGGAUUAGCAGACUAAAUCUGCACAGAGGACUGUGGGGUUAAUUCAAAAAUGCAAAUGUAUAAUUGAGCCAUGGCAGAUAGGCAUGCACCAUGGAUUGAUUUUGUGGCUUUUUAAAACAAAUAUGCAUGUCCAUUUAAUUUAGAACCUGCACCUUCACCACCUUCGGAAAGGUAAGUAUUACAUUAAUUUGACACGUUUUUAACUGAUUAACAAUAAUACAAAUAUAAUAUAUUUGUGGUUUGCCUAAAACCUUUGCAUGACUUUUCAAUUUAUUUUUAAAGUCAAGAAGAAUUUCGAAAAGCCUGGAUCAAAUAUUGCAAAGCAUUGGCAAAUUUGCUAAACCUGGGGCCAGAAUUAAGGACUACAGUGUUUAUAAUGAAGCUGAGUUAUGGAAAGAUGUCUGCAAAGACUUGGAAGUUCCCAACACAUUGGUGAAUCGACUAAAAAUUUUUAAAACCACUGCACAUCUUUGGAAGGGUUCCUGGGAGAAUCUGACUACAGCUUUAAAGGAUGACAGUGCUGAGGAACAGUCUGAAUCUUCAUGUGAAAAGGUGGUAAACUUUAAAAAAUGUAAUGGUUAAAAAUGGGAAUUUAAUAUUUCAUUGAGGGAGUGAUUAUAGGCAGACAUGGAUAUAUCAUUAAAAUCAUUAUCUGUACAGCAUGAACUUCCACAAGGCUGCAGGUUUUUAGAUUUUAGAAUUUACUUAGUUUGUAGUUGUUAUAUUAAGAGGCAUGCACCAAAUCAGAUAUUGCAUAAUGUAAAUUAAACACCCUUUGCACACUGUAUUGGCCUAACAUUGUAGUAUACAAAUUUUUCCUCUGUACAUAUAAGUGGUCUCCUCAGGUUAGUCCUGAUGCUACAGUUGACAGCAACACUGAGUAUGAGGCCAAGGAUGCUGUGGAGGCCGAGUCUCCUUCAGUUAAGCCUACUGAAAGACAGGAUUGUAGUCAAGCAUCAGAAACAUCUUCUGAAAAUAGUAGUCCAGCUGAUCUCUUUUUUUGGCAUAAGCUGCCAACAGAACCAUGUUUUUUUUUUAUUGACACUAAGGAGUGGAGAGAUCUGAGAAAACGACAGGUCGGACAUCAGUUUAAAGACUUGCAUUGGACAAACGUAAUCUCAAAAGGAAUACAAUCUGUCCAUCCAUACUGCAGCAUUGCUUUUAAAAGGCACACAGUGAAAAAUAAAAUGUCCAAAAAAAAGGGACCAGUAUUUCAGUGCCUAGGUUACUGCACAUUUUCAGAUUGUCCCGUUUGUGUGGAGGUAACUGUAAAGGAUGAAAGUACCCUUAAGGCCUGGGUGACACUUCAGGGAGAGGUGGUGUGUCACAGUAUGGAUGAAUUGAGAAGGCGACCCGUACGGGCUGAUAACAGAGAAAUAUUUGCAAAACAACUGGAAUCAGUGCUUCCAAGAGCCUUACAUUUGCAGUGUCUGGACAAAAUACCACCUGAGGUUUUUGAGUCAGGAUGUAGAGACCAGGCACCUACAGCAGCUGUACUCAAAAACAUUGCCUUCAACACACGGAAGAAAUGCAGAAGGCAUGAAAAUGAAAUCCUAAGUCUGGAAAAAAUGGUGGAGGACAAAACAGAUGAUGAAAAUGAAGUUCUUCAAAAGGUGCUCUUGCACCCAAGAGGAGUAAUGUUGUGGUCCAAAAACACAAUAAGACUUUUCCAUCAACGAUGCAGGGAUGACAUUGUGUAUCUCGACGCCACAGGAAGCAUUGUUAAAAGACCACAAGGAAAAUCUGCUCCUUUUUAUGUGUAUGAGCUGGUGGUGAGGAAUCCUACCAAAGGAGGCUCCCCUAUACCUGUUGCAACAUACGUCACCUGCCAACACACCACUGCAUCAGUGUUAUUUUUUAUGGAGUCAUUUCAAACAGAUUACUACAAGUUGUUUGGGAGGAAAUCUGUGAGGAGGCCUGUGAUGAUUAUGUGCGAUGGGUCACUUGUUCUGAUGCAAGUUGUUGCCUACAGUUUUUGCAAACUUCCUUUGGAUGGCUUGAUCAAUAUGUACUAUGACAUUGUCACAGGACAGUUGAAAGAUGUUAUCAAACUGCCAAUUCUUCAUCGCUGCCUGAGCCACAUAAUGAAGAAUGCUAAAGUGUUCUGCAGGAAACAUUCCCCCAAACACUACAGGCUGUCUAUGCAUCUUUUUGGCCUCUUGACAAGUGCUGCCACACUGAUGGAAAUGGAUGACAUAAUUACCAGCAUGACAGUACUGUUCUCAAGCCCACAGAGUGGUGAAAACGUGGAAAAACACUUCCAAAAUCUUCAGAACUGCAUGCAAACAAUCAGCUUUUAUGAAGGAAGUGACCAUGCAGAAAAUGACUUGGAGAUCACCUCUGGACCCACAACAUUUCAGAGUCAUUUUGAGGAAAUAGUGGCAAAUGCACCUGUAGAUGAAAAGGGGGAGCCAAAUGAGUAUUAUUCACGUACAUUCAUGCCAAACCUGGUCAAAUACUUCCUACCUCAGGCACCUUUGUGGUCUGGUCUCAUGCUGGGUGAUCUUGGUCGCCAUGGAAAAGGACCUGCCUACAAAAGUUUGUCCAAGUUUUAUAUGCGUUGCAGUCAGUUAGCCACACAAAACUACACUGAGGACAACAAGACACAAGGCAUAAUGGAAAAAAGCCAAUGGGAUCUGAAAAAAAUUAGAUUCCAGAGACGCCGUCUAACAAGACUUGAUGACUUUGUACAGAUUUAUCAACAUACUCAUAAUGCUCUCUUAAAAGAGUUCUCUGACUCUACACGCAAGAGAAAAACUUACAGGGUAAAUGUUGAACGCUGGAGAGAAAGGAAGCCUUCCAAAAAAGGCAUCUAUGUGUCGCCAAUUAAAAAGGCUUUUCCAUUCAAGACAGCCAAAGUGGCUGCAGUUAAAGUCCGCCAGAAGCCAGUGGAAGGACAGAAGACAGUCUCUGACCCCAGUGUGGCUGGAAACAAGCCAGAUAAGGCUGCAGUUAAAGUCCGCCAGAAGCCAGUGGAAGGACAGAAGACAGUCUCUGACCCCAGUGUGGCUGGAAACAAGCCAGAUAAGGCUGCAGUUAAAGUCCGCCAGAAGCCAGUGGAAGGACAGAAGACAGUUUCUGACCCCAGUGUGGCUGGAAACAAGCCAGAUAAGGCUGCAGUUAAAGUCCGCCAGAAGCCAGUGGAAGGACAGAAGACAGUCUCUGACCCCAGUGUGGCUGGAAACAAGCCAGAUAAGGCUGCAGUUAAAGUCCGCCAGAAGCCAGUGGAAGGACAGAAGACAGUCUCUGACCCCAGUGUGGCUGGAAACAAGCCAGAUAAGGCUGCAGUUAAAGUCCGCCAGAAGCCAGUGGAAGGACAGAAGACAGUCUCUGACCCCAGUGUGGCUGGAAACAAGCCAGAUAAGGCUGCAGUUAAAGUCCGCCAGAAGCCAGUGGAAGGACAGAAGACAGUCUCUGACCCCAGUGUGGCUGGAAACAAGCCAGAUAAGGCUGCAGUUAAAGUCCGCCAGAAGCCAGUGGAAGGACAGAAGACAGUCUCUGACCCCAGUGUGGCUGGAAACAAGCCAGAUAAGGCUGCAGUUAAAGUCCGCCAGAAGCCAGUGGAAGGACAGAAGACAGUCUCUGACCCCAGUGUGACUGGAAACAAGCCAGAUAAGGCUGCAGUUAAAGUCCGCCAGAAGCCAGUGGAAGGACAGAAGACAGUCUCUGACCCCAGUUUGACUGGAAACAAGCCAGAUAAGGAACUUUUACAGAAAACUGACAUUCUCCCAAGCAAACAUGGCAGUACAAAAAAAUCUAUUAACAAGAAUUAUGGUCCACGCUGGCAAGGAGCAGACCCCUCCAAAAAUAUCUCAGUAAAAAGACUAAAAAUUAAUCCACAGGCCCCAAAAGGUAGCAAAAUGACUGCCUUACUCCAUCCACACCAUUGGCUUAGCAGUGAUGACAUUGAUUUUGCAUCUUACUUGCUUGCAAAUGAGUACCCACACAUCGAUGGCUUUCAGUCAACUCUUUUAUUCAGUGUUUUACAUAAUGGAGGUGUUGUGGGUACUCCAAGCGGGCAGUUUGUACAAAUUCUACACACUGGGGGCAACCACUGGGUAACUGCUAGCAACCUGUUUUGCCCAAAAAAUCAGGUUUGCAUAUACGACAGUCUAUCAACCGUGAUGUACAACAAAGAAAAACAAAUCCUGUCUUGGUUGCUUAGGCCAGUGGAAGACCAAUUUUUGGUUACUUACCCUGUUGUCCAACAACAGUCAAAUUCUAGCAACUGUGGCUUGUUUGCAAUAGCAUUUGCUUUUGUAUUAUGCUGUAACCUGAGGCCAGAAAACUGCCAGUUCCGCGAGGGUAGAUUGAGAGCAGAACUUGUAUCUUCUUUCCAGAAGGGACGAAUGCUUUUCAAAACAGAGCCAAGACUUAACAAGGCAAAAUCCACACAAACACUUGUGAAUGUGUACUGCUUAUGCAGGACUGCACACUGCAAUGAAGUCAUGGUUGAAUGUACUUCAUGCAAGAGGUGGUAUCAUCCGAACUGUGCACAGAUACCCCAAAAUGCAAUUACUGGGGAUGAUGACUGGCACUGCCCCAAUUGUACUGGCAAAAUCUAAGCCAAUGUGGGAAGUAAAAUGUGUGUAUGGGAAGUAUGGUUCAUUACUAUUUACAUUACUAUUUACUAUAUACAUUGCUUUACAUGUUUAAAUUGUUAUUGUUUCAGUAGUAUUUAAAUUGUUUUCAAUUCAUUUUAAUAUAGCCAUGUAAAGUUAAGUUUUGCAAAUGUCAAGUGUGAAGUAAUUUUAUUAGUAAUUUAAGUAUUUUACAAUUUUCAUUAUAUGCACAGUCUCAGGGAUACAUCUUUUUAUUUAUGUUUGUGAAUGUCUGUUUUUUCUGUUUAAACAGUUUGUGAAGUCAGUUGCACUUGUUAGUGUAGUUAAUUUUUUAUGUUAAAUAAAAUAAAAUGGCUUCAAUACACAAAUUGUUUUUUUUAUAUAUAUAUAUAUAUCCUACAGUAUCUCACUAGAUAUAUGAAAGAUAUAAAGCAAACUACACUUUCUAACAAAAAUUUUAAAUGAAUCACUUGGUCUUAAAACUUCAUUUUCAGAAAUAAACGUACAAUUUCUUGUGAUAAACAGGCUGAAUGAAACUAUGAAUGUUGUUUAUUAGAAAUGCUCUAAGGUGUUAAGGUAAAACAGAAGAUCUCUACUGUAGUUGUAUUAUGAAUUUUAGUUGAAAGGAAACAUGAAAACAAUCAGUCAACUGUCUGUAAAUGGCUUAGUCCAGACUUAAAGCUUUUUAUGUUUUUCAAAAUUGUGCAUGAUUUAAUUAUUUAGAAAACUGUAAAAGCAAUCAAUUGACAGAAUAAGAAAACCUAUGAAGGAACUAAUUUUAUGAGUGUUUGAAAAUGGGACAUGGUGUGAAAGUGCUUAUGUACUUAGAUGCUUGGGGUGAGUUUGGCUUUAGUUUUCUCCAAAACUAUACAGUAGAAACAUGAAAAUUAAAACAUUAACGGUCAGAGUGACUGUGAAUAGGAAUAAACUAAAAGAAAGAGCAAACCUAUAAAGCAAAGAUUUUUAUUAGUGCAUACAGUAAUGGUCAUAUUGACUGUAAACAGAAAUAAACUGGAAGAACAA